UCAAUACAAAGAGAGAGGAUCAGUAGAUGGAUGCGAGUCUCUCUCCACGCCUCCGCAUUUCAAGCGCCGUGUGCCCUAGAUUAUCAAUGAAGCUCGUGCUUUCUGUUGCCCCACUAAGCUUCCUGCAAUCCUUAGUGGUUUUCAGGGUUUUGAGUUGGUGAGGGAGUUGGUUGGGGAGAAGAGAGCGUGGGGAAAGAGAGGGGCAAUAUAGUGAAGACCUUGAGCGUAAUCCGAUGCAGAAUGUUGCGGAGGGUCCGAAGGUGGAAUCUGGAAGUGGGGAGGCGCUUUCGGUGCUUAGUAUUGUGAUAGCGCAGCCGGAGGAGGUGCUGGAUGUUAAGGGGACUGUGUCGAAGAGUGCCAGCCCGGAGAAGGUUGUUGCCGCGGUGGCCUUGGCUAAGAAAGGGUUUUUGACGAGGAGUGACAGUGAGCACGAGCAGUGCAGAGUUUGCCAGCAACAAACUGAAGAACCGUUGCUUGAUCUAGGAUGUGGAUGUCGAGGUGAACUUGCUAAAACACACAAGUCCUGCAUUGAGAUUUGGUUCCGGACUAGAGGUUCAAACAAGUGUGAAAUAUGCCAACAGGUAGCUGUAAAUAUUCCAGCACCAGAGCCCCAAUCAAGACAGUCAAAUUAUUGGGUUUGGAGGAUUGAUCCAGCACAUGGAGGGUCUACUUUUGGACGAGGAGAACGAGAAAGGGGGUGCUUCAGCCCACUAUGGGUUGCAUUUGCCAUUCUAAUUGGAGGGCUCUUAUUGGAUGUAUUAAUAUCUGUUUCUCUCGGAGUUUCUGCACUUCCUGUGAACAUCAUAAUAGGUGUUCUCAUUGUGCUGGGACUAGGAACGGCACUUCGUCUCGCCCUGGAAUGCUGCCAUGAAUGGGGUUCAAGAAGAAACAUUCAGCAUCCAGAAAUGAACAUAAACCUCGGGUACCCUCCUGCUGUAUAAACACCUCUGUAUAUAUGCUGCAGAAAAAAAAAUUAUAUACAUGUGCCAUUUUUUUUAGUUUUUGCACCGUCAGUUCUUAUCCAAAAAGUGUGAAUUUCACAAAAUUAUUGACAUAAAUCCAAAUGCAGCUUUCAUUUCA